CUCUACCUUCCUCAUUCUUCUAAGCUGGUUGCUUCCGCUUCGCUUACUACGGUGAGGCAUGACUGUACUUAUUAAUAUAAUGAAUAACUUCGCAAAAUUAAUCAGCGAUUACAUAUUAUAUGAAAUCUUGGCACUAAUAUGGCUGCUUUAUCUGUGGAACAUUUAUUUAAACUUUCGUCAGCGAAAUUUGAUAAAAAAGUUGGUCGAACCACCUCCGGCUGUUGAUGGUAUUAUGACAAAAGAUGUCUAUGAUAAAGCACGCCUUUAUCAUAUGGAUAAAUUAAAUUUUGAUGAUUUUUCAAAGACCUAUAUGCAUUUAUUUACUACGGUUUUCCUAUUAAUGUUUGGUUAUCAUCAUUUUUGGCAAUGGAGCAUUGAUUUAGGAAAGCACUUUGGUCUCACUCGUGAAAAUGAAAUUCUAAUAAGUGCUAUUUGUAUGUUUCUUAUAUGUGUGGGUUGUACCAUUAUUGGUUUACCAUUAGUGGUAUAUCAUACGUUUGUUAUAGAACAAAAACAUGGGUUUAACAAAGAGACACCAUUGUUUUUUAUCAAAGAUCAGCUUCUUAAGUUUCUUGUAGUACAAGCUAUUGCCACACCUCUUUUAUGUGUUGUAAUAUCAAUUGUACAGAAUGGAGGAGAUUAUUUCUACCUUUAUGUUUGGAUUUUCUCAAUCAUUGUUACUCUCUUCUUGAUGAUUCUUUAUCCAGAAGUUAUUGCACCGAUCUUUGAUAAAUAUACGCCCUUUCCUGAUGGAGAAUUGAAGACUAAGAUUCAAGAACUGGCAGCUUCAGUAGAAUUUCCACUUUAUAAGUUAUUUAUUGUUGAAGGAUCUAAAAGAUCUUCACAUAGCAAUGCAUAUUUAUAUGGCUUCCAUAAGAAUAAGAGGAUUGUAUUAUUUGAUACUUUAAUAAAAGAGUUUUAUAAACUAGGAGAAGGUGAAACAGAAGCAAAAGGAUGUGAAACAGAUGAAGUGUUAGGAGUAUUAGCGCAUGAAUUAGGACAUUGGAAAUACAAUCACAUAUUAAAAGGAUUUAUGUUUGCCCAGGUGAGCUGCCUGGCAAGAGUGCUUGUGUAUGCUAAACUUUUAGAUUAUGAACCAAUAUAUAUGGCUUUCGGCUUUAUGGACUCCAAACCUACUUUCAUAGGACUUCUAAUCAUCACCUUGUAUAUUUUAAUACCAUUUACAACAUUAUUAGAAUUUGUAGCAGGAAUAAUAGGAAGAAAAUUUGAAUUUGAAGCAGAUAGAUUUGCAACAAUUUUAGGACAUGGUGAAGCGUUAAAAAGAUCAUUAAUUAAGUUACAAAAGGAUAAUCUUUGUUUUCCUCUUUUUGAUAAAUUAUAUUCAUGCUGGCUGCAUAAUCAUCCUCCAUUACUUGAAAGACUGGAAGCUAUCGAUAAAGAAAAUUGAUUAUAUAAUUAAUUUUUUGUAAGAAUAAUUACAUCAUAUUGUAUAAUCUUUUAAAAAAGUAAACCCGAUAUCGAUGUUACUCGAUUGAUUGACUAAAAAUUCAGUUCCAGAUAAUGUAGAUUUAUUUUUUAAGAUACUCUAGCUUUACAACUUAUAAUGUACUUAUUAUAGAAACAAUUUCAAUUGAUAUCCUCGAUUUAAAAUCGUAAAGAUUCCGAGUAGUCACUUUAAUAUAUUACAUGGAAUUAAAUUGCUAUAUGUAUAUCUAAAGUAAACGAUCAGCACUGAUGUGUUGAAUUGUGGAAGAUACGAAUUGUAUUGAGGACUAUAAAAUUUUAGACCAGAUAUGCAUAUUUAAACAUUCAGCAUUUAUAACAAUAUGUAAAAGUGUGCAGUAGUGUGUUUUUUUCGAUAUUAACAAAAUAAAAAUUAUGAUUAACCUUUUUAACUUAAGAAUAAUGUAUAAUGUAUUCAAAUAAGCACAAAAUAUUUAAGAUAGCUGUGCACAUAUAAGUAUAUAGUCUUUUUUUGUAUAUUAAAGAAUUUUGUUAUAUAUUUGUAUCUCUCCAUCCUUUGUUACUACUAUAUAGUUCUUAAUUACAAAAAUAUAAACUGUACGAACAUCGGUGAACAACUGGGAAGCAGGUGAUAUUACAUGAAAAAACAAAUCGACAGUAAGGAAUAGAAUUUUUUCAUUUGAGGUUUCGUUGUCGAGAAAAUCGACUUCGAAUAUUUAGUGAAUAUGCGUAGAUGUAUGGUUCAGAAUCUCGAAAUACACAAUCCGUUUAUAUAAAAAAUAUACAGUUACAUUUAAAGAAAAAAACCAAGGUCACCUUGAAAUGUUUAGGUGGAUAUCUCGUCCAUCCAAAAAAUAUUUUCGAUCAUUAUAAGAUGUUUCUUUCGAAACAGGGUAAGUUUCAUUUGACAGUUAGUUGAUCUUUUUUAUCAGUCACAUUAACAAAAUGUUUAGAAAACAAAAUGUAUUUUUUGUCUCAUGCUUAGAAAUAAAACAUACAAAUAUAUAUA